GAUCGGAUAAACGAUCAGGAGGAAUUUAACAUUAUGGAAACAUACACGAAAAGAAGCAAAGUGUACAUGUAUUUUAUUGUGGAUGUUUGAAUUAUCUACGGAAUUGAAAAAGACAAGUGAAAUAAUUGAAUGCAGUAGCUACAUUGUUUCCACUCUAUUUACCACAUAUGUUAACUUUUACAUUGGACAACGGCUUAUGAAUCAUAGCAAUGCCGCUUCUAACGAAUUGUGUCAAGUCCCUUACUACGUUCUUUCGGUGAAAACUCAAAAGCUUUUGUUAUUUACGAUAAUGAGAAGUAUGAAACCGUGCAUAUUAUCAAUCGGUGGUAUAUUCGUAUCGUCUCACGAAGUUUUUGCUUGGAUUACACAAAAGGCUUUCUCCUUUUCUACGAUUUAUUACAAUCUUCGGUAAUUGCAAAUGAUCAUGCAAAAGAAUAAUAAUAAUGAUUUAUGAUCCAAUAUUAUUAUAUAUUCCGAGGAUUUAUUCCAAGGAU